AAGCCCACCACAAACAAAAUGAGGCGCCCGAAAACUCCCCCACAUUUAAGCCUUCUCCCCUCCGGAUUCUUUCCAUGAGCCUCCGCUCCAAGCUCGCCGCCUUCGUCAAGAAAGCCCGCUCCCUCGCCGGCGCCGCCUCCGCUGCCGCCUCCUCCUCCUCUCCCGCCGCCGCCGCCGCCGCCGUCCCACCGCCUCCCAAGGCCUUCUCCACCUCCACCAUGGACGACGCCAACGCCGCCGCCCCCAAGACCCUCCGCACCCGCCUCUGCAUCAUCGGCAGCGGCCCUGCUGCCCACACGGCGGCCAUCUACGCCGCCCGGGCCGAGCUUAGGCCUGUCAUGUUCGAGGGCUGGAUGGCUAACGACAUCGCCGCCGGCGGCCAGCUCACCACCACCACCGACGUCGAGAACUUCCCCGGAUUCCCGGAGGGCAUCCUUGGUUUCGAGCUCAUGGACCGCUGCCGCGCCCAGUCCCUCCGCUUCGGUACUCACAUCCUCUCCGAGACCGUCACCGCCGUCGACCUCGCCGUCCGUCCCUUCCGCGUCUUCUCCUCCUCCAGCACCGUCGAGGCGGACGCUCUCAUCGUCUCCACCGGCGCCGUCGCCCGCCGCCUCCACUUCCCCGGGUCCGACGACUUCUGGAACCGCGGCAUCUCCGCCUGCGCUGUCUGCGACGGCGCCGCCCCCAUCUUCCGGAAUCGCCCUAUCGCGGUCGUUGGCGGCGGCGACUCCGCCAUGGAGGAGGCCAACUUCCUCACCAAGUACGGCUCUAGGGUUUACAUCGUGCACCGCCGGGACGCCUUCAGGGCGUCGAAGAUCAUGCAGGCGAGGGCGCUUGGGAACCCCAAGAUCGAAGUGGUCUGGAACUCGGAGGUGGUGGAGGCCUACGGGGAGGGGGAGAACGGGCCCCUGGCGGGACUGAAGGUGAGGAACGUGGUCACCGGGGAGAUCUCGGAUCUCAAGGUCUCUGGGCUCUUCUUCGCCAUCGGGCACGAGCCCGCCAGCAAGUUCCUUGGGGGGCAGCUGGAGCUGGACUCCGACAGGUACAUCGUGACGAAGCCCGGGAGCACACAGACGAGCGUGAAGGGAGUGUUUGCUGCCGGAGAUGUGCAGGACAAGAAGUAUCGGCAGGCGAUUACUGCUGCUGGCUCAGGAUGCAUGGCUGCUUUGGAUGCUGAACACUACCUGCAGGAGAUUGGAGCUCAGGAGGGAAAGACUGAUUGACUAUCUUUGGAUCAUGUUGCCAGCCGUCGAGAGAGUCCAACAGUGGUGGCAAAGGCUAAUCUUUAAGACACAGCAUUUACUUGCUGAUCUCUCGCUGCAGUUUGUCACCAGAAGGUCUUCGUAAUAGAUGAUGAACUUAGCAUCUGUUUCAAAUUAUUAUUUUUAUUUAUACGAUUUGAUUAAGCAUCCGAGUUCUGUUAACUCCGUGCCACUAUACUCUUGGAUAUUUAGAAGUUAAUGUUCCUCUGAGUGCAGGUCAUUGUAUCCUGAAGAAUUAUUUUUUCAUUGCAAAAAAUUCCUGAAUUGCAUGCUUUUAUCAGUU